CUCUUUUGUCGUUCAUUUUGAGGUCGUCACGCACGCAAGCAUAUUUACCCUUCAGUGCAUGACUUUUCUUGAAUAUGGACAUUGACGACAUUCUCGCCUCGGUCGAUCGCCACGACCCUUCCACUCCGGAGUCCACCGCGCUGGACCACCAACUGCUCACGCGGUUCUGGGUCGCCGAGCGCGGUAUAUCGGAGCUGCUUCCCUGGCCGGGGGCAUUAAUGGACCGCAUGAUGGAGCGAGUUCGACGACAAAUCGAAACAAUCGAAGACCUCGCCGCCGCCGCCUCCUCCGACCCAUACACCGACCCAACCACCACCACCACCACCACCAACCCUACGAGAAACACGCACCAAGCAACCGCAAACCUCACCCUCUCAAUCCUCCAAACCGACCUCUCCCGCACCCAAUACCUCCUCCGCAGUCUACUGCGACAACGUCUCUCAAAACUCACACAACACAGCAUGCACUACCUCCUCCUCCUCAGCGCCCCGUCCCCCAACACCAGCCAAUCGCAAUCGCAAUCGCAACCCCAAAACGACGACCUGAAACCCGAAGACACAAUUCCCACCCCCGACACCACCGGCCCGAAUCCCCCGCUCAGCGCGCCAGAGGUACAGUUCCUGCAUGCCCACCAGCUCCUGCUCGCCAAGCACUACGGGGAUGCGUUUCUGGGGUCCUUCCCCCCGCAGCUCCGGCGGUUGGAUGAUAAUGCCGGCGGGACGAGUAUGGUGCAGGGGCCGGAUGCGAAAGAGGUGGUGUUUGUGCGGUGUCUGGUGGAGGAGGUGAGGGUGGUGGUACCGCCGGGGGAUGGGGUUGAGGAGGAGGUGCUGGGGGGGACGGCGAUGCGGAUGGGGGAUGUUUGGGCGGUUAGGUGGGAAGGGGUGAGGGGGGCGUGGGGGAGGGGGGAGGUUGAGGUUCUCUAG